GCACCCUGAUUGGUUGUGGUUGGAGUUCUUGGGGUGGACGUCAGGAUACAACCGCUAUUGAUCUCAAAAGAAGACGAUUGCAUAAGCCAAUCUCGUGUGAAAAACACCGUUACCCAGUUUGGGGCAUUAAGAAACGUGACACACAGGUGUUCCAUCGAAGGCAAAGCUUACCAACUAGAGCGAAUAGGCACUUCUAGUGGAGCAGAUUAAGAAGUAAUCACUUUCACUUCCACUUCAGUGAUUGAAAAACCUCCUACCUAGAUUUCCAACUAUCGUAUGAUGCAUACAGCAUACCCCCACAAGUUGUAUGAACUAUGAAGUUUAGUUUAAAACUUAAGCAGCAUCAUUUUCUCACGAUUCGAAGAAAUAGCCAGAUUUCAUCAGCAUUCUCAACACCUAUCUAGCUUAUGCAUUCAGUCAUCUUCAGCCACGCUUUUCGUUCGAAGAAGAUCCAAGGAAAUUUCCAACUUUUCGAACGUUAUGAGAAAAACCAUCUUCAAAUGUUUCCCACCAUCUUACAAUUACAUCCGUGCGGUUCUCCCUCCUAUGUUACAUUUCUCUGUCUCUAUGACCACGCAGCCUUUACCUGACCCAUCAAGUGUUACCAACCUGCUCGAUGAAUUCACGAAGUUCUGCUAUCAGAGAGACCUUCGAAGGGCCAUAAGCGCCAUGAAUUUGAUGCAGAAGCACGGAAUUUGGGCCGACUCCAUUACAUAUUCUGAACUCAUCAAGUGUUGCAUAGCGCAUGGUGACGUUGAACAAGGCAAGCUCGUUCACAAGCAUGUUUUUUCAAAUGGGUACGAGCCCCAAACGUUCUUAACUAACGUUUUGAUCAAUAUGUAUGUUAAAUUCAAUCUCUUGGACCAGGCACGGGAGUUAUUCGAUAAAAUGCCCGAAAAGAACGUUGUUUCAUGGUCGACCAUGAUUUCGGCUUAUUCUAAUAAUAAUAUCAAAGAAGAAGCCUUGAAUUUCUUGAUCCUAAUGCUAAGAGACGGCGUGAGACCAAAUAUGUUCACUUUAUCUUCUGUUCUCAGAGCUUGUGAUGGGUUGCCGACCCUUCAACAGCUCCACUGUAGUAUAAUUAAGGUUGGUUUAGAUUCUGAUGUCUUUGUUCGUAGUGCCUUGAUUGACAUUUACUCUAAAUGGGGCGAAGAGUAUAGUGGACUUCGUGUCUUCAAUGAGAUGGUUACUGGGGACUUGGUUGUUUGGAACUCGAUUAUUGGUGGCUUUGCUCAGAAUGGAAAUGGAGAUGAAGCUAUGAAUCUCUUCAGGAGCAUGAAGAGGGCUGGUUUUCCAUCAAAUCAGGCUACACUAACUAGUGUUUUGAGGGCCUGUACAGGUCUGGUACUGUUAGAAUUGGGAAGGCAAGUUCACGCCCAUGUACUAAAGUUCAAGAGAGAUCUGAUCCUGAAUAAUGCACUCCUCGAUAUGUAUUGCAAGUGUGGGAGCUUAGAGGAUGCAAGGUCCUAUUUUGAUGGCAUGUCAGAGAGAGAUGUGAUCUCGUGGAGCACAAUGAUUGCAGGUUUGGCCCAGAACGGCCACAGCCGAGAAGCACUUGAUUUAUUUGAGUUGAUGAAGGCUUCUGGAGAAAAGCCUAACUAUAUUACAAUUUUAGGUGUUCUUUUUGCCUGUAGCCAUGCUGGGUUGGUCGAAGAUGGGUGGUACUACUUUCAGUCAAUGAACAGGAUUUAUGGGAUUGAACCCGGAAGAGAGCACUAUGGUUGUAUUGUUGAUCUUCUUGGCAGGGCAGGGAAGCUUGAUGAAGCUGUUAAGUUCAUCCACAAAAUGGAAUGUGAACCGGAUGUGAUAGUCUGGAGGACUCUACUUAGUGCAUGCAGAGCCAACCGAAAUGUAGAUCUGGCAAUCUAUGCAGCAAAGCAAAUUCUGAAAUUGGAACCCCAAGAUGAAGGAACUUAUAUACUCUUAUCUAAUAUCUAUGCUAAUUCACAGAGAUGGGAAGAUGUUGCAGAUGUAAGGAAAAUAAUGAGAAACAGAGGAGUGAGGAAAAAUCCAGGGUGUAGCUGGAUUGAAGUUGAUAAGCAGGUUCACACCUUUGUUUUGGGGGAUAAAUCACACCCACAAAUAGAUAAGAUUGUUGCAGAGAUAAACAGGUUGAUACAAAGAAUAAUGGAGGUGGGUUACAUCCCAGACACUAAUUUUGUAAUGCAGGAUCUUGAGGGAGAACAGAAGGAAGACUCCCUCCGUUACCAUAGUGAGAAAUUGGCUAUUGCGUUUGGUCUGAUGAGGGUAGCAAGUGAAAAACCUGUUAGGAUCAUGAAGAACCUCAGAAUCUGUGGUGAUUGCCAUGCCUUUGCAAAACUUGUCAGCAAGGUUUCACAACGGCAUAUUGUUAUUAGGGAUCCCAUCCGGUAUCACCAUUUUAAAGAUGGGCAUUGCUCUUGUGGGGAUUAUUGGUAGGGAAGAUGCAGAAGUGCAUGAUAUCUCUUGAUAAUUCAGUUGGACAAGUAUACGAGUAUGGGUGCCCAACCACAGAAGCAAAGGAUGGGUCAUGGUAGCUGCAGAAUUGGAUGCUGGUCUGAGCUUUAUUUGAUCCUCCAGUCUGUAAAUUAUUUGGGGAAGAACUUCUGAGCAAGCAUAAAAAGUAAAAGUCUCAAUAGGUAGCAAGCAUAGAAUAAUUGACAGAGAAGUUCACCAGUUUGUCAUCACUUAAUGUCAUUAAGAGAGAUUCAAUUUAAUUUCAUGGCCAUGAUGUGUGAUGGGUUCAAUUCAUAGUUAGAUAAUUGCUACCUGAAGAUGCAGGAUGGUGAUUGGGUGACCAACAUCAAGGAGAUUAACUAACAACUGAAUUGGACAUGUCAAGAGAUGGAUAUCCUAUUUUGCCUUACUGAUUUUUGUCUAAUAAACUAGACCUGAAGGCAAUUUGACCUGAAAUCAAAUAUAAGCUUUUAUGAGAUGAUUUGAACAGAAAACUAAGUUCACUGACCACUCUGAGGUAUAAGAGACUUUGACCUUUUCUAUCGCUUCUGACAUAAAUUAUCAAGUUGUGUAUGCCUCACCAACCAUUCUACACGAGAAGUUUAUUCUGCCAUAGAAAAUGUUUACUUACGAAUAAUAUAGAUUUUGCUUGUAUCAGACAAAAGUUACAACUUAUACUGUU